AUGGGUUUAAUUAGAGCUAAACGGUUUUUCUCUGUGCUCAUUCGUGUGCUUCUUUUGGUGUCGUAUUUAAAUCACUCAUGGGCGAUGGCUAACAGCGAUAAACAUUUGGGAUCAAAUGAUGACAUUAAGCUGCGUUGUGGAUUAGGUUCAGUAGGUGACAUGGACGGUAUAUAUGGUAAUGAGGAAGCGGAUAUACUGAAUAGUUAUCAGAGCUCUGGAAAGUCCGCAUGCCCUGUUUUGACGACAAACUCGGUUGGUAAGUUAGCCGAUAUAGCAUAUAGGCCACGAUAUGCAACUCCUAUGAUGAUUGAAAACAGUGGAGAUGCAAUAUUAGACUCGCAAGAGGCGAAUUCACCUUCGCGUUCAAUGCUGACUUUGAAUGGAAAUCAUGUGGACAUUAGUACUUUAACGCUGUCUGACAUAUUAAUAGUUACAGAUAUCGAAGGAGGCUUGCAUGCUUUGAAUAGGCAGAAUGGGCAGCUCCUUUGGUCAAUUUGCAGUGAUAACUUUCCUCCCCUUCUUGAGGUUUCUGAGCCAGUUAAAGUUAAAAACGAGACACUGAUAGUUGAACCGUAUGGUGAUGGUAACAUUUACUACUUCAGCACCUACCAAGGUUUGCAAAAACUUCCAGUAUCUAUAAAACAACUUGUGAACCUUGCACCAAUGGAUUUAAAGACGAAAAUAGUUGUUGAUGAUAAUGGUACUACGUUAGAGGAUCAGAAAAUCUAUACUGGAUCCCGAAUGACUGCCGUCUACACGCUAGAUGCUUUUACAGGUGAGAUAUUCUCUGUAUAUGGUCCAGGAACUGAAAAUAAAGUGUACAAAAGCUCUAAGGUUAAUUGUACAAGAGGUUAUGAAGGCGAAGAAUGUGACAAUGUUUUAGUUCUUGGAAAAACGGUAUAUGAGCUGGGUAUCCAUACUAAGGAGAACACUAUCUAUAAUGUGACGUACGCUCAAUGGCAACCAAAUACCAUCGAUAAUUAUUUGGCCUCCCAAAAUAUUAAAUCACCCGAUGGCAUAUACGUUGGGCCUUUCCGUGAUAAGACGCUACUAGCUAUUGAUUCUGACUUCACCAUUGCAAAAUGGGUUUCUCCAAAAUUCCCUGGAAUAGUUAACAACGUUUUUGACAUUUACAUGGAUUAUUCCACCAAUGAGAAAAUAUUGUUGCCCCACCCCUUAAAGACAACAGAAGAUUUUGAUGAAAAUAAAUAUGAGGUCUACUUAGACCAAACUAAGAAUAAGUCAUGGUUUGCAAUGUCAAGUGCCUAUUUCCCGUCCCUUGUGGAAACUGCUCCUAAAUCUAAGUUCAGUUCAAGUAAGGGAUGGAGAAAAGCACAGAUAUUUGAGGAUGAAGAACUAUUCAAAGCUGCUGUGACUGGUGUACACACCAUUGAAUACUUUCCAUUCGAUAAAUUUCUAAUUAACGAUGAGGAGUACUCUUAUCAAUCAUUUAAUGAUAAGCAAACGGGACUAUUAGAUCCACCGAAGAACAAGAUGCCUUCCAUAAGUGACCCCAAUUCCAGGUCAUUAGGUAAAUAUAUGUCACCUAAAGAGUUGCUCCACUAUCGAAUGAUGUUGGAAGAUGAAGCUUCUCGAAAAUUGAAUUCAGGUUCGAACUCUUUGUUUUCCGUAUUUGCAAAAUUCUUUUACAGGGUAUUUGAGAGUGGUGUGACGUUAAUGAUGUCUAUAUUUUUUAUUAUGUUGUUAUCGAACUUUAAGGUUAUUCCACCUUUACAUAUAUUGUUGGAAAAGAGUGGGAUAAUUCCUGUACAGCAUGUUGAACCGCCGUCGGUUGAGAUUUCGAGCGAAGUUGUGAGAACAGAUUCUUCCACGCUUGUAGAAGAGAAAACUAGCUCAACAGAACAGCUGAGUACAAAAGAAAAAGAACAUUCCAGUGAUGCUAAUGAGGAGGAAGCGAAAGAAUCAGAGAAAAAGAAGCGCAGGAGAGGUAAAAGAGGAGCAAAAACCAGUAAAAGAAGGACAUAUUCCUCUGGAGAGGGUGUGCCAAAUACAAAAGAUUUUGAAUUUAAAAAUGAUCUCAAAAAUAUUGCUAUAUCGGAUAAGAUUUUAGGUUAUGGAUCAUCUGGAACUAUAGUAUUCCAGGGAACCUUCCAACAUAGAGCAGUUGCUGUGAAGAGAAUGUUAAUAGACUUUUACGAUAUUGCUUCACAUGAAAUUAAACUAUUAACCGAAAGUGACUAUCAUGAAAAUGUAGUGAGAUAUUAUUGUUCUGAAGUUACAGAAAAGUUUUUAUACAUUGCUUUAGAGUUAUGUACUGCUACUCUGGAGGACAUUAUUGAAGCAAAGGAUGGAUCACAUAAAUUUUACGAGCUACAUCAGAAGGCCAACCCGGUGAACGUUUUAUAUCAAAUGGCAUCAGGAAUCGCUCAUUUGCAUUCCAUGAAAAUUGUACACAGGGACUUAAAACCACAGAAUAUUUUGGUUGCACCUAGCAAACAAUAUCCUCAAAAUCCACAUAACGCCAAUAGCGUCCGAAUACUUAUUUCUGAUUUUGGGUUGUGUAAGAAAUUAGAUGCAGAAGAGUCUUCAUUUAAAACAAAUAUGAAUAACGCUGCGGGAACAAGCGGUUGGAGAGCACCAGAAUUACUUAAUGGCAGGAUACGGAUAUCGGAUGCUAUAGACAAUGAGGAAUCUUUAACAACAGAAAGCAACUCCACUUCAAACGUAUCGUUUGAUUCUGUUAAUGAAAAACAUGCGAAGCAGCGUUUAACGCGAGCGAUUGAUAUCUUCUCAUUAGGAUGCGUGUUUUAUUAUGUGCUUACGAAUGGUAGACAUCCAUUUGGGGAUAAAUUUAUCAGAGAAGCAAAUAUCAUCAAGGGCGAGUAUUCACUUGAAGAUAUGAGUAAGUUUAUUAAGGACAGAAGUUGUGUCUUAGAAGCUAAAGACUUAGUUAGCCGAAUGAUACAGUCGGAUCCAUUAAUGAGACCAACAUCCCAUGCAUUAUUAACUCAUCCAUUUUUUUGGCCAGUACCAAAAAAGCUGGAGUUCCUACUAAAAGUAAGCGAUCGAUUUGAAAUUGAAAGAAGGGACCCACCUAGUCCAUUGCUUUUAAAGCUUGAAGAAGUUGCCGUUGAUGUAAUACCUGAAAUGGAUUGGAUGGCUUGCUUUGAUCAACUUUUUAUCAGCAACUUAGGAAAAUACAGGAAGUACCAUGGCGAUAAACUAAUGGACCUACUAAGGGCUCUCAGGAAUAAGUACCAUCAUUUUCAUGAUUUGCCAGAUGUAUUAGCUGACAUAAUGGGCCCUAUCCCAGACGGAUUCUACACCUACUUCAUUAAACGGUUCCCAAACUUACUAAUGGCGAUCUAUUUUGUAGUAAAAGAGAAUCUGAAGGAUGACCAAAUAUUAGGGGAAUUUUUCAUACAUAAGCGCGGAUAG